AUGGCAUUGGGCUCCUACAAGCCCUCGCAACAAUGCGGGAACACCUACUGUAACAAGUACCUGCUCCCAUCAACCCACUACCCCCAGGUCUUCGGCACCUACUUCCCAUACCUCCCAGGCACAAGCUUCACAAUGCUAAUAAGCGAGUUCCUAUCAGAAGCGCGCAUCGCAAACGUCUACUGGGGAACAGGCGCAUGGUUCAUCCUCGGCUUACCCAAAGUAGGCGAGGACACGCAGUUCAUCAUCCCCAAUGGAUUACUCGAUGCAGCCGCCAGGACAAUAGCAGCAAAGGCUUAUAUCCCUGUCUGUGCAGCCGGACAUGAGUGUCCCGUUAUGAAGGGCAGGAAUGGCAGGAAUGGCAGGAAUGGCGCGGGGCCGGAUCUGCAUUUCCAUAUUAACCACUACGAUGCGUAUCUCACGCUGGAUCUGUUUGAGAGGUCGAGUCUGGUUCCGGCCUUGCCGGAGUUGGGGCUGGGUGUGCCGCCUGUGGAUGAUCCUACGUUUACGCUCGCGAGUAACUUCCAGCGUGAAGGUAGAGGUAAAGGCUGUGUAGCUGCGUCAGGGCCGGGGAGGUUUGGGAGUCGCUGCACGCCGUUCUCUGAGGAUGGGCCUGCGGUGCAGAUACUUACACCGGCGGCAGCGGUGGAUGUGUUGAUUUAUCUUUGCUUGCGGCACUUUGGAAAGGGUGCGCAUUGGAUUACUUGGGCGGAUGGGCUGUUUGGACUGGGGGUUCUUUAUUCUGAUGGUGCAAAGUAUGAACGGGAUGUGUCGAAGGAUAUAAGUGAGUCUGGAGAGUCUAGAGGAUAUAAGCAUGACUAUGUCGUGGCUUACUCUGUAGCUAAUGGAAUUCUUGUUGAAAAGUAUUUAUAUUCACAGUGUAUCUGA